AGAGCUCUUCACUCCUCAUAUGCAAUGCAACGCCUACUGGCCUUUUGCUUGUUGGUCGCCACUCUGUUCAGAAUAGAUGUCCUUGCCCAGAAAGUUAAUACCACCAUCGAUGUGGAUAAGCUGGCCAAGAUAGUACUGCCUUCCGUAUUUCAAACGCGAGUCGUUGGUGGUCAUGUAACCACAAAUGAAAAGCUUGGCGGCUACUUAAUGUCUUUGCGAUAUUUCAAGGAAUUCGUCUGCGGGGGAACACUUAUUCACGAUCUUAUUGUCCUGACUGCGGCACAUUGCUUCCUGGGUCGUCCAAAAACGAACGAAUGGAUAGCGGCCGGCGGAACCUCCAAGCUAAGUGAAGCGGGUAUCCAACGUGAGUUCAGGGAUAUCGUCAGAUCCGCUGAGUUUCGGGAAGAUACCAUGCACAUGGAUGUGGCGCUGGUUCGGCUAAAAAGCCCCAUGAAAGGCAAGGGUAUCGGAAAGCUGUCCCUGUGCUCCACCACCCUGAAGCGCGGACUUGAGUUGGUGGUUUCGGGCUGGGGGAUGACCCAUGAAAACGCCAGUGGUGCACAUAAUUUGCUGCACACAGCCGUAGUGCCGGUUAUAGACAGGAGAAAAUGUCGUAGUGCCUAUCACCCUACUGUGACAUUAACAGACAGCAUGUUUUGCGCCGGAUUGAAGGGGAAAAAAGAUGCAUGCACUUUCGACUCCGGCGGUCCGUUGGUUUACAAAAAGCAGGUCUGCGGCAUCGUAUCCUUUGGACUCGGAUGUGCCAGCGAACGUUACCCUGGCGUCUAUACGGACAUUAAUUACGUGAAGCCCUUUAUCGAAAAGUCUAUGAAGGAGUUGCUUGCAAAUCUUUAAACAAAUUCUUUGAAUCAUGUAGAGAAAAUAAACUAUUACCAUUUAUUAAUAACUGAA